AUGAUACAAUUAACCGUUAUCGAGGCUAACGGCGAGUUUGACGUCAACGGAACGGAUAAUGUACUGGAUUCCAGUGUUUCGUCAUUGUCGAACUCAAAUAAAAGCCUUAACCGAAGUUCAAGUAAUCCGGACUUAUCAUCGUCGUCGAUUAGUAACAAAUCAAUUACAUCAUCGACAUCAACAUUCAGUGGAACAAUCAAUGAUGAAGAUAAUCUUACAUUUGUUGUCAAAGUCUAUCGUAGUGAUCAAUCUUUUAAAUACUUUCCUGUACUUAAAAGUACAACAGCCAAACAACUUGUCAUGUUGGCAAUCACGGAAUUCAGUAUUGUUGAUCAAAGCAGCUAUGCACCCUCUUCUGUAGAAUUUGAUCGACUGCGGUAUUAUUCACUAUGUGAAGUCUCCGUCGAGAACAAUGUGAUCAAACAAAAACGUUUACCUGACAAUAUCGACAACCUUCCCGAACGUCUUCCAAUCAAUGCUCGUUAUUAUCUAAAAAACAACCAUUUAACCGAAACACUUGUUCCAGAUCAUCUAUCGAAUGAAUUAAUACGCGAAGCCCGUAUUCAUUUUUUACAAUUGGAUUCAUUGGAAAUCUGUGCUCAGUUGACACUACGAGAUUUUGCAAUCUUCAAAUCCAUUUUACCCACUGAAUAUAUUGAUCAUGUUUUCAAGUUGAAAUCCGCGUAUGGUAUACCACAUCUCGAGAAAUUUCUUCGGCUACCCAAUCAGGAGAUGUACUGGACGAUUACGGAGAUUAUACGUGAAACGAAUCUUAUUCAAAGAUCGAAAAUCGUGAAACAUUUCAUCAAAAUUGCAAAAUGUUGUAAAGACAUGAAAAAUUUCAAUUCAAUGUUUGCAAUUAUCAGUGGACUCGAUCAUAAAACUGUACAACGAUUGCAAGCAACCUGGGAACGUGUACCGGAGAAGUACAAGAAAUUAUUUGAAGAACUCAAAUCUUUACUUGAUAUAUCUCGUAAUAUGUCGGUUUAUCGAAAUCUAUUGAAGAAUGAAUUCGUCGUACCGCCGAUUAUCCCCAUGUUUCCAGUGUGUAUGAAGGAUUUGACUUUCAUCCAUUUAGGAAAUCAAACUCAGGAUAAUGAUCUGAUUAAUUUUGAAAAGCUCCGUAUGAUCGCAAAAGAAAUUCGAUAUAUCGUUAAUAUGUCUUCAUCACCUUAUGAUAUUUCGAACAUGUUCGAUUCUCCGACGUCGCAUUCUCAAAUUUUUGCCGGUUUUGGACAUCAAUCAUCAACGGAUUCGUACGGAACGAUAAGAAGACACCAGACUGGCAUGCGCCUAUCUGUUGCUGCUAAUGCUAAACGGAUCUACGAUGAAGCAUUAAUGGUGAAAAAAGUGAAAACAUACUUGAAUAAUGCCGAAAUCAUUGAAGAUGAGGAUCGUUUACUUGAAUUAGCGAACCAAUGUGAACCUGUAAGUACACUUAAACGCCGUCCAUCACCAUCAACUUCCAGUUUAUCUUCAAAUUCAUCUUGUGAUCGUCGUGGCGGAUCAGUUCAAUUGACCAAAUUCGAAAGUUAUUCAGGUAAUUAUGAAAUUCUCUACUGUUUUCUUCGUCUAGGUACACAAUCUCCCGAUGCAGUGAAUAAAUUACUUCGAUUAUCAGAUAGCAAUCAUCAAAUAAAAUCUCGAGCUCCACAAAAGACGACGCCCAUACUUCGAAGCGCAUCACCCUUGAUAAAUAAUUCCGUGACCCUAACUGGAUUAACAUCGACUAGCGAAUUAACGCAACGCCGUUAUCAUCAAGUGGCGAAAAUGCGCGAUGCGAAUAAACUAACAAGCGAAAGUUCUAGUCUGAACUUGAAACCAGCAUCAUCGGUCUUGUAUAUUCGAUCACAUAUCAAAAUAGACAAUCCAGUCAAUAAUGAAUUAUUGAAAAACGGCCAUUCAGAUGAUAAUAUUCUGAAAUCAAGUGAGACAUCUAUGCUUGGUCACUGUAGUGAGAAAUCAACAACUAACCUAGUUGGUGAUGGAUAUUUAGUGAUGACGAAUCGAAAUCGAAUUGUAUUGCCACAAAUGAAUUCCGAAAUAAACUCUGCUGUUAUUGUUGAUGAGGAUGUCCAUGGAUCGGUACUUACACGCACUUGGUUGCAACGUUCCAAAUCUCACACUGAAGUAACUCUUGAUCAAGUAAAUUUUGUUCGGAGCGCCACUCCAUACAAAGAUUGUGGAUCUGCACUGGCUACUGUUCAAGCCUUCGAAGUCACUGAUUGUGCGGCAGCUCCAUGCAAGUUCAUCAAAGGUCAUACAUAUGCGAUGAACUUAACAUUUCAAGCAAAGGAAGCAUCAAAAUCUGCAACAGUUACCUUACACGGUAUCAUCGGUGGUAUUCCGGUUCCAUUUCCAAUUCCGGACAGUAAUGCUUGCAAUCUUGGUGUCAAAUGUCCAGUUGCUCAAUCCGAUGUGAACGUGGGAUCUUUUUCAGUUCCAGUAUUACAAUCCUAUCCAUCACUUUCACUCUACGUCAAAAUAGAGGUCAUUGCUGAUGAUCAAAAGCAAGAUUACGUAUGUUUGCAAUUUCCUGCAACAAUUGUCGCGGGUUAA